AUGAAAACCAUCAAAGUGCUAUGGCGUCAAUCCUCGGCUUUACUUUGCAGAAAUAUACGACCUAUUCCUUUUGUAUGUGCAAAUUCUCUCCAUUCCAGCACUAAAUCUCCGUUUUUUGUUUCUCACACCUUGCUUCCCGAGGAUAUUAAUUUUCCUACAAAUUUGCCCCAUAACGCUCCAAAUCAGUUAUUCCAACUUUUUUGUUCAGAGUCAUCAUUAAAUACUAUGUUGCGAAGAUGCUGGAAUUGUAAAAUAUCUCCGACAUCGUCAGAGCUCUUUCUUGUUUGCAAUUCUUGCCAGUGCAUUCAACCUGUUGAUCCCUCUGUUGAUUACUUUCGAAUAUUUGGGCUGGAGCGGAAAUAUGACAUUGAAGGAAGUAGUUUGGAACGUGUGUAUAAAGACUGGCAGAAAAAAUUGCAUCCUGAUCUAGUUCAUACAAAGUCUGAGAGUGAAAGGGAGUAUGCUGCUGAGCAAUCUGCUCGAGUUGUUGAUGCAUACAGCACACUCAAAAAUUCCUUGUCAAGGGCUAUGUACCUUAUGAAACUACAGGGUGUGCAUGUUGAUGAAGAGCAGACUGUUUCAGAUCCAGAAUUGCUAGCUGAGGUUAUGGAGAUUAGAGAAUCUGUUGAAGAAGCUUCCAAUUCUCAGGCGUUAAAACUCAUCCAAGCGGAGGUACAAGAGAAAAUGAAACAAUGGUCUGAAAUAUUUGCAAAAGCAUUCAGAGUGCAGGAUACUGAAGAGGCAGUAAGGGCUAUCCAUAGAAUGACAUAUUAUAAACGCGCCAAUGAGGAGAUUGUGAAACGGCUCUGAUGUUGACGAUGGUAUUGCAAAGCUAUGUAAAGUUCACCAUGUUUUCCAUGGGAGCUAGUCUGCAUUCGAUUCACUCGUUGGGAGCAGUGUAAAAUAAGAGGCAUUCAUUCUAAGUAGAAACAGUGCAGAUCUCAGGGUUGUAGAAUACUUUGGCAAUCUAAAUUGUGGCGUUUGAAAACCAUUUAUCAAAAA